AGUCAAGACCAAAAAUUUAAGUAUCUACAUGACAUCCGGAAGAAAGAAAAGGUUUUUCUAGUCAUCAAAUGGGCUAUCAUAUUAUUAAUCUGACCUACAAAUUCUACAUCAAACUCAUUGUACAGUGCCAACACAUAUAAUACUUCCUCCAGAAUGGCCCCGAAAGUGGUUGUCCCGCUUAUCUGCCAGGUAUAUCUUGUCAAUUACCACCUUCGCACCCCUUUCAAACUGAACUUGCGUGAGCCCACGAUCCAGUACACCACUCGAUGGCCUCCCGAGGGACUAGAAGCUUUACUAAGGUUGAAUCGUCAAUAGACUCAAAAUUGUUGGUGAACAUUAGAUGUGUACAUUGUUGUAUUAUAUUAAAUUUUCUUAUACAAAUAAUGUACAUGGGAAUUAUCGAUUAAAAAAUUAUAUAGGAAGAAGACGAGCUCGUACGAAAGCAUGGCAACUUUAAUCAGGAAGGUGCUAGGAAAACAAAUAUAAUUAAUUAAUAAGACUUGUGUAUACUGUCUUCAUAGAAUUGGGUUUUUUGGGAUCGCAUCUUGGAAUUGUCAAUUGUCAACUUACGGAUUCCAUGAUCUCUUUUUCCAUGUUGCAUUUCAAAAUACUGUUUUUUUUCCUUUCAGUUUAAGUAUUGUAUCCAUCAUAAUAGUAAUUAAAAAGAUUAUUAUGUAUUAAUACGUACAUAAUCAAUAUUUAAUUCAUUAGAUUUAAGACAUUGGAACACUAAAAUUAAACACAAGUCAAUGGAUGAUACCAUCAUCAUCGAGUUUGCUCAUGCUGCCUCUCAGAUGUUGUUAUUUUCAGAAAGAAAGAAGGACAUUCCGGCUUUCUCGGAGUAAAGAAGAAGAGACUUGCGAAGCCCUAGUUUCACCAAGCCUCCCAUGGGGGCGACUGUGCCGUCCAACAGGCCGGAACCACAACGAAAACCCCCGGAAGUAACGAGUGGGGCGAGGCGUCCGGCUACUGUGACCUCCUCGCCAAAUGGCAAGAAUGAGAAAGAAACUAUGCAGCCAAAAAAGAAGGCCAUGGCUUUGAAUCUGGACCAUGAGAACGUGGAACUGGAAACUGAUUUCUCCUCUGAGAUGGAAGCUGAAUCCCCGAUUCCAAUUGGAGAAAAGGAUACAAGGAAGAACAAGAUGGACGGAGCGUGGGAAGGCGAAAAGCCAAAGCUAUUCAGUGAGGUCCUCAUGGAGGAAGGAUGGUAUGUAGUGGAAUCCGACUCGGAAGAUGUAGCAGAGCGGGAAAAGGAGGAAGAUGAGGUACUGGACGAGGAAAACUUUGAUCCUCCUGCCCCCAAUCUUGUACACGGCAGCCCAAAAGAUUCAUUGGAGAAGAGAGUGGCGGUCGGCUCUGGUCGUAAAGGGCCUAGGCAGAAGAGCAGCCUACGUCCCCCUGGCUCGAAGACUGAAUUCGUUAUGGGCGCGACAUGGUGACAUCCAAAUUUCAUAUAUGCAGAAUGGUUGUUUUCUGGUUCGUUUCCGAAACCAAAAAGACUAUGAUUUUGCGACGAUGGGAGGCCCAUGGCUACUGGGCGAGACAUACCUCACGGUGCACCGAUGGUUCAAAGGUUUUAAUCCGUGGAAGAGUGAGAUCACAUCCACUUUGGUGUGGGUUCAACUGCCAGGGCUCCCGGUGGAGUUCUACAAUAAGGAGGCAGUGAUGAUGAUAGCAGAAAAAUAGGAAAACCUGUUCGAGUGGAUAGAGCUAUCGAGCUGGGGGCACGUACUAGAUUUGCCAGAGUCUGCGUCGAAGUGGAUUUAACAAAACCAUUGCUUGGGAAGUACAGUAUUGAAGGGGUGAAGUAUCUGAUUGGAUAUGAGGGACUUGAAAAUAUUUGUGAUCAAUGUGGCACCUAUGGAAAACCAGCUCAUCUAUGCCCAUGCAAGGACCCACCCAUUGAGGAAAACGUGGACGAAAUUGAAAUGGUUGAAGAAACACCAGUGGAGGACCCAAGCAAUGGACGAGCUUUUGGGGAAUGGAUGUCCGUAAAGAAGAAAGGUAAAAAGAUAGGAGGUAAUCAGGGAAAUGUCUCCAACAAAGACCCAACGGCAAGAACUAGAAUGGAACAUAGUAAUAUAUUUACCAACCUGGUUGGUGAAGAGGAGGAAGUCUCCACCCAUACACAUGUAGCCAUGCAAACAGGGGAGAAAGAAGUUGGGAACAAAAAAAGGUAUAAAGACAAAGUGGUUGG